GGGUAGCCCUGGAGCCUGAAUAUGUUCAAUGAAUUCCUAAUAACCCUUUUCUUUGCUGUCACACAUCUGUUUGUGUCCGUUCUACUUUAUUUUGUUGCUACUGUCCAGGCCAGGCCGGUCGAGACGGACGCGAUGGCAUUCCGGGGGCCUCCGGACUCCAGGGCCCGCCUGGACAGAAAGGAGACCUUGGACAGCCUGGAACUAAAGGGGCCAAGGGGUGGGGGAGCGAAGGGGGUCAAAGGAGACACCGGACUGCAAGGGCCCAAAGGAGAGAAAGGCUCACAAGGGGCUUCUGCAAACAAUGGUUUAGGAGCAAAGGGGGCCAAAGGAGACACCGGACUGCAAGGGUCCAAAGGACAGAAAGGCUCACAAGGGGCUUCUGGAAACAAUGGAUUUGGAGGUACUGUUUACGUACGCUGGGGCAGGAAGACAUGUCCCUCGGGAGGCGCAACAAUGGUCUACUCUGGUGUGGCAGGAGGAACACAUUACCGGCAAACCGGUGGCGGAACCAACUACCAGUGUCUCCCGACCGACCCACAAUGGGGGCGCUACCAGAACGGAGUCCAUGGCUACAGUGCAUACAUGUACGGCGCUCAAUAUCGGAUCGGCACAAACGUCCCAUUCGGCUCCACAUACCUCGAUGCCCACGACGUCCCGUGUGCGGUCUGCUACGUCCCGGCACGCGGCAGUAAGUUAAUGAUCCCUGCCCGUAAGAACUGUUAUAGCGACUGGACAGAGGAGUACGAUGGGUAUCUCAUGGCAAAUUCGCACGCCCUCGACAGUGCUACAGAGUAUGUCUGCGUGGAUGACAACCGCGAGACGGUACCAGGCGGACAAGCCGACCAGGCCUCAGCGCGGUUCUACCCCGUGGAAGCCCGCUGUGGGGCCCUGCCCUGUCCCAACUACGUGGAAGGGCGGGAGCUCACCUGUGUGGUCUGCACAAAGUGAAACUUCAAGUCAACACAUAACCUUCAUGCAUAACCUAGCAGCUUGAUCUGGAACUGCAGAGGCACUUGUUUGAAAAAUCUUUGAAGGAGGAUAACUCAAUAACAGGUUUCGGAUUAUUGAGAUUUUCAGACCAAGUCUAUAAGUAGCUUAAGUGAUACUUGACAUGAUAAAGUUAGAUAACAACAUUACUAUACUUUAGAAGGAAAUUCAAUAUAUCUGCUGCAUUCCAUUAUAGGACUACCAACUUUUGAUGCAUGUAAUUGAGAACGAGACAUUCAUAAAUAUCGAUUAUGUAAAUGGUGUACCAAUUUGUAUAAUUAAUGAUAGAAUGCUAUAAUUUCAUAGUGGUAACUAAAUUGCAGGAAUAUCAUACUUGCUUCGUUUGGAAGCUAGGUGAAGGGGAAUAACAUUAAAUAUAACUUAUCCAAAUCUGUACCUUACUGCAUUAUUUAUGAGGAAAAGCUAGAAUAGC